AAGUCACCUCGGUGAAUACAUGUACACAGACUGGUCUAACUUGCAAAAUGAUACUCCUCACUCUAAGUGGGACGUAUUUUUAGGCCGUAUCAUUGGAAGACACCCUGAUUGAUGUGUUUCAAUGCAUUUUCUCGUAAGUAAACCUCAUUUCGCUUGCAAACAUCACUUAUUUUUAUGGAUAGUCGGCUCAAGGUCACUCAUGCGUUCUCACCAGUUGGGACUCUAUUGUUUACCUUUGCCUAAAACAGUAUUUGAAUAGUUUGAGCAUUAAUGUUUACUCAUCUUUGACCCAUGUUUUCUAGAUGGACGCUUGGCAGCUUGUUUUACUCGUUGCUAAGUCCAUCCUAUCGAUUUCCCCUCUGAUUUCGCACAUUGGUGAACGUAUGUAGAGAAGAUGAAUGUUGACAAAGGAGAGUCUGUUAUUUCAAACGGGCUGCUUAAUGGGUGUAAUAAGUCCAAUUUCAGUGAAACGAAUUUACCUGGACAACUAAAUAACAUUCACAUGGAAAAUGACUCACUUAAAACUGUUCCUACUGAAUUUUUUCAAUGCUCAUCAGAAUCGAGAGAUCAUUCAGGAAUUUCUGACACGUUUUACACCUUCCCUUCUUACCAUAAACCAUGCAACUGCGCCAAGUCUCAUUGUCUCAAACUGUAUUGCGAAUGUUUUGCUCGAGGCAGUGCUUGCAAUAACUGCAACUGUACUAACUGUAUGAACAAUGGUCUUCAUGAAGAAGAUCGUCGGAGGGCAAUAGAACUCACUUUGGAAAAAAAUCCACUGGCAUUUCAUCCGAAAGUCGGCGACGGCGAACGACGACACUCAAAGGGGUGCAACUGCAAAAAGUCCGGCUGUCUGAAAAACUAUUGCGAAUGUUAUGAGGCGAAAAUUGCGUGUUCUAACUUAUGUCGGUGUCAGGGAUGUCGAAACGUUGGGGAGGAGCAGAUUCAGCAAGAAUCAGACGCAGAUCCUCUUCGGAUCAGUGAGCAAAACUCACUGUUACACAAUGGUCAAGAUACAUUUUGUUACAAGGAGAAUUAUGUCCAACUACCACAUGCUAACCAAGCUUUCGGAGGAAUAUUGGGCACCAUCAAAUCAAAUCUACCUACUGAACAUGGAUAUAUAAACAGGCCAAAAUUGCUUAUUUCCUACGAAUCAAUUGAGGCAGCAUGCAGCUGUAUGCUUGCUCACGCCAAUGAAGCUGCACUCAGAAAUCUUUCCGACUAUGAACAAGAAAAGGUUAUCAUAGAUGAAUUUCUAAGAUGCUCUGAGCAAAUAAUCCAGUCAAUCAUUAAGAAGGCAAUGAUGUAUCGCACGUCUAGUUCUUCAUUCACUGAAAACUGUGGAGAUAGCAGCAAUCCCAAUCUCGUCACUGGGCGGAAUUUUCCUCCUGGGCAGGCUAUGACCGAGGACGUCUCCUCUACAACUGAGAACACAUGUCAAAAUGCACCAUAUACGGUUGGACCUGAAGGUAUUGAAUACAAUGUUUCAUUUCGGUCCACCCAAAAUGAACAACGAGCACUUCAUGAUAUUACCCAGGAAACGAAUUUUUCAGCAGGAAGUAGAUAUAGUAUUCGUAGUCCUAAAGAGUCACAAUUUCCACGUGUUUCCGAAUUUCGAAACGUUGCAGGUGAUGGCAACUUAAGUUUCACAAAGAACCAUUCAAGAUUUUCACAGCCUUAUAUAUUAGAAGUGAGUAAAUGAAUUGACAUUGUUAGCUUCGUUAACGGUUGUGUUUUUUACUAGUUUUUUGUCGCAAGUGUUACCUGCAUACUGUUUAUGUGUUCCUAUGGAGGUGGGGAGGUAGAAAUUUCCAGUUGCUGAUGGUUGUUUAGAUUUGGAUUUCAUUUUAUCUCUUCAUUACUUGGGGAUAUAUCUCUUGUCAUAUAAAUAAGAAUUAAGUAUUCUCUGUGCUACUGCGAAAUUCGUAUAUUCGAGUUCGCCGUUUCAUUCAAAAGUUUUAACAUUACGUAGUCGCGUUCUGGGAGUCUACCACUAGAACUUAAAACUCUAUAAAUGAAUGAACAUUUUCACUUACUUGCAUCAUGUUCCAGACCAUUUCAAGUGU